UCCACCAAUUCCCUCCCCUUCAAUUCCGCGUGCAAUGAACCCAGAACAGCUGAUCGCUCUUCGGAGCAGUGGAAUCAGUGCAAACCGAUGGCGCCGAGUGAGGUUAUGAGCAAAACUACCGAGUUACUAUCGCUCACGAACUACAUACACUUGAAAAAAUGAUUUAGAUGAAAAAAAAGGAAAAUGGUGUUCCAUUAUCUCCAACGGAGCUACUCCAAAUGACCAAAAUCCCUGACGAACACAUGUUCAAGAAAGAAAUAAAUCUGUGGAUUCAAUUUCUAACAAGUGGUGAUGACGGUUUUGGACAAUUUUCGCCGGCAAGUGGGCAGAAUUCUCUUGAGCCUCCACUCCUCCCUAAACACUUCAAAACUAUCAGCACACGUGGUGAUUCGCAAUCACUCGAGUUUCAUUCCAAAGAGAGUCCUAAUAGUUUCAAAAGUCUCGCGUUACCAAUUCGAGAGGAUCCGUGAGGGUGACAUAAGUGACGAUGAAUUCAAAAAGCGAGUGCUCGAGAGGGGAACGGACUACGACAAGAUGUUGGCGGGUCAUCGAAAGAAUAAGAGAGUGGAGAUGCAAGUGAUCGACACUCUCAAUAGGAAUAAAAUUGAUUAUAAAUUGACGAACAGGUUGACCAUCGACAAGCCUUACUUCGACUGGGCUGACCUGGUGAUAGCUAUCGGGGGGGAUGGCACGUUUCUCCUGGGGGCGAACCAGAUUUUUGGCAAUGAGAAACCCAUUUUUGGGGUGAAUUCGGAUCCCGAUGCCUCGGAGGGCUAUUUGAUGUUGGGGAAACAGUAUUCACGUGAUAUUCCAAGGAUAUUUGAGCUACUCAAGGCUGGGAAUUAUGAGUACGUCAUGAGGACGAGGAUCAGGGUUACGUUGAAGGGCGAAGGAAUAUGGGGUCCGCUGUUUCAUAUGCAUGAGAAGGCCAGGAUACCUGGACAGGAGGAAUUUUGUGUAAACAAGAGUUCCGGCGAGCGUCGACUGCCCUGGCUGGCCUUAAAUGAGGUGUUCAUCGGGGAAUCAUUGUCCGCGAGAACGAGUUCCCUCGAGAUGAAGAUCGACGAUAGAAAUGACUUUCACAAAGUUAAGUGUUCAGGCCUCUGCGUGAGCACUGGCACUGGCUCCAGCUCCUGGUACAAGGCCAUCAACAGUGUGACAUCGCAAAUGGUCAGUGAUCUCCUACGAGUGGCUGAGCCCGAUAGGACAUUCUCAGACGAACAAAUCGAUCGCAUUUGUAAUAGUUUUAAUGACAGUCUUCAAUUUUCACCAGACGAUCCGAGGAUGAGUUACGCAAUCCGAGACAUUAUUCUCAACGACAUCUGGCCUCUACCAAAGACAAUCAGUCCCCGUGCCUAUUGCAAUAGCUUAACAAUAAGAUCCCAGUGCUACGACGCUGGAUUAGUCUUCGACGGUGGCGUAGGGGUUCCCUUCAACGUGGGCACAGUCGCAAUACUGGAGACCCACGACGAGGACCGUCUCCGGACCAUCGAGCUAACAAAAUAAUCCACAGACAAAACGGAUACCAUAAUUUAUUGCUACUGUAAAGUGGACCACAUUCUAUUUUGUAUAUUUCUAUCGAAUAAAUGACUCCUCUGUUUAUUCAAG